CGCAGAGGGAGCCUGGCCCGGGGCUUCGGUGCUGAAGGACGGAGCCGGGCCGGGGUGCAGCGCCGCCCCGGAGGGCGCGACCCGGAGGGGCCCUGCCAGCCGGCACGGGCGCGGGCGCGGGCGCGGGCGCGGGCGCGGCGCUUCCCGGCCGGGGCGGAGCGAGUCCCGGACCGCGGCCCCCGCCUGCGCGCCUCUGUCCCCGCGCGCGCCCGCCCGUGCGCUCCGGGCCCGGCUCCCGGCGCCUGGGACUUGGUCCUGCGCCCGCCGACGAUGGAUGGCAACUCCCGGCUCUCCGUGCCCAGCAGCAAUUUGGAGUCACCACUGAUGUACGAGGUUUCAGCGCCACAGCAGGGCAGCGCCAGCGGCAGCUUGAGAGGCAGCCUGGGUAGCUCCAUCACAGCGUGUAAGAAGGUUCUUUGCAGCAACAGCCUGCUUGAGUCUACAGACUACUGGUUGCAGAAUCAAAGGACACCUUGCCAGAUUGGUUUUGUGGAAGACAAGUCUGAAAACUGCGCUUCUGUUUGCUUCGUGAACCUGGAUGUGAACAAGGAUGCAUGCAGCACAGAGCACCUGCAGCAGAAAUUGGUCAAUGUUUCACCAGAUCUUCCAAAACUCAUCAGCUCCAUGAACGUCCAACAGCCAAAAGAAAAUGAAAUUGUCCUUCUGAGUGGGCUAACAUCUGGAAAUAUCCAGGCAGAUUUUGAAGUUUCACAGUGUCCUUGGCUGCCAGAUAUCUGCUUGGUCCAGUGUGCGAGAGGGAACAGGGCAAACAGUACCAAUUGCAUCAUCUUUGAGAUCAACAAAUUUUUGAUUGGUCUGGAACUGGUGCAGGAGCGGCAGCUCCACCUGGAAACAAACGUCCUGAAAGUGGAGGAUGACACAAACUGUUCCCUGUCUUCAAUCGAGGAGGACUUUCUCACCGCCUCUGAGCACUUGGAGGAGGAAAGUGAGGUGGAAGAUUUGAGGAACGGUUAUGAAAACAUAAGUGUCUCAGCUAAUGUUUUGGAAAAUAAAAAAACAAAGGAAGCCACUCAGGAAGAAUGGAAUUACAACAAGGAAAAGUUACUUCAUGCUUUGGAAGACAAAUAUAUCGGCAAAUAUCAUCCGACGUUGGUGAAAGCAGAAGGAUCUCUGGAAAAAGUAGAAGACACCACUUUGCAGAGCCUUGGCACAUCAGCUGAGCCAUUGGGACAGAAAGGUGAAGCUGUGUGCACUGAGAGGCCAGCCCCAAAUUAUUAUUAUUCGGAAAAUGUUAAAGGUCACGUGGAAAAAUCUCAGGCACCACGUACUCCCGGGGAUGCUUAUUUCUCCAGGAUAGUUAAGAACAGUGGGCCUCCUGUAUAUGAGCAUGACAACAGCUUACACCCAGGGGACCAUGAAGAUGACACAAACCCCCUUCCUCCCAAACAAGAUGGAGAAGCCACAACUGGCGAGUAUGCUACAAAUUUAGCAGAAUCUGUGCUGCAAGAUGCAUUUAUUCGGUUGUCCCAGUGUCAGCCUACACCUCCCCAGGAAUCGGCAGUCAGUGUUUCUGUCGGAAGUGCUGUGCUACCCAGUGGCUGUUCCACAAAAGGUAUGGUGAUCCCUCGGUCAUGGAAUGAGCUCCCCAAAAUUGUCAUUGUUCAGAGUCCAGAUGGCAGUGAUGUCGCCCCAGAGGCAGCCAUCACCUCAUGGUCUGACAUGGAAGUCUCUGUUGAAACCUCAGGUGUCUUCUCUGGAGAGAACUCCAGCAGACACCCUCAGAGUGCUCUAGAAGUUGCCUUGGCCUGUGCGGCCACUGUAAUUGGAACCAUUUCCAGUCCACAGGCCACAGAAAGGCUCAAAAUGGAGCAAGAAUCUUUGGUUUCAACGCAUCCACUGGGAGGCAGUGAACCACUGCAAACUCAAAUAUCCCAAGUACUCAAGGAGCCUUCCAUCAGCGAAUACUCCUUUCCAUCUGCUUUGUGUGGCAUGACUCAGGUGGCGAGUGCCAUUGCUGUUUGUGGCCUGGGUGAAACAGGAGAGGCCAAGGCUCCCAGUGGCCUCUCGGGUACAGCUGAGGCCUGUGCAGUAGUUCCCACACCUUGCAGUCUGGCGACAGGGAGGAGCAUGGAGCUGGGAAAUGAGGCCAUUGCACGAGCAUUGCUCAAGGAGGCCGCUCUGCUUUUAACAAGGCCAGAACCUUGCAGCAGCGUAGGAGACCUCAUGGAAUCAAUGAGCGAGAGAAUCAUUGAGGCUGCUUCUAAGCCUCAGACCUUGUGCUCAGAAAACGUCCUCAGGAAUGAAGUAGCACAGACCCUGUCCAGUGUUAUUCUGAAGCAUUCCAUUGAUGAAGCUCGCCACAAGAGCAAAAUAAUUGAUCCCAACGAUACUAGGCAUUCUCCAGAGACUCUUGACACCUUGAUGGAAAGUACAAAUCAACUGCUCUUCAGUGUGCUUUGCUUCACAUUCAAGAAGAUGAGCCAUUUUGUACAGCUUGGCGAGUGCCCCACCGUCCUUGCUAAUGAGACCAGCAACUGGAAGGAACCAGAAUUAGGCUACUGGCCGCCUGACCAGGCUGCCUGUCAAGCAUGGGCCAAAGCCACUGAAUAUUCCAGCAGCCAUCCUCUUAGCAGUCCACGCAAAACUAGUCUUGUUAUCAAUGAUCUCGGGGAUGAAGUUCAUCUCAAGCCAGAUAGCAAGGGCCCGGCGAAGCCAGGCCUCUUCAAGAACCCCAUGCUGCAGUCUGAACUGCCCUGUAGUCCCAGAGUGCCUGACUCUUCGGCUGCUAAAACAGCCCCCAAAGAAAUAUACCUAAAAAGAGCAGCGGGAGAAGAUCCAGGCAACCCUCAUCCUGCGCGAAGGCGCAAUGAGAAGGAGUACAGAAGCCCUGCAGAAGGAGAAGGGGCGCCGGCGGGGGCCCAGGGCGGCAGAGGCCCCCAGGAUGCAGAGGACAGCGCAGGUGCCAACACCCAGGAGAAAUCUAACCGUGCGUCGCCCCUGAACAGUGAAGGUCAAGUGAACCUGUCUUGGUUAGGGAAUGAUGCGCUGCUUCCUGUCCAACCCGUGCCGCAGGCAACACGUGCAGAACUCUACUGCAUCACAGACUUUGCGGAAGAAUUAGCCGAGAUGAUUGUCUCCAUGGCAACCGAAAUCGCAGCAAUCUGCCUUGACAACUCAAAUGGAAAACAACCCUGGUUUUGUGCAUGGAAGAGAGGGAAUGAGUUUCUGGUUACCCCCAACGUAUCCUGCCGGUCCCUGAAGAGGAAGAAGGAAAGCCAGCCCGGCGGGGCCACCGUGCGGAAGCACAAGCCACCCCGGCUCAGCGAGAUCAAGAGGAAAACGGACGAGCACCCGGAGCUUAAGGAGAAGCUGAUGAACAGGGUCGUGGACGAGUCGAUGAACCUCGAGGACGUCCCAGAUUCUGUCAAUAUUUUUGCAAACGAAGUGGCCGCCAAGAUCAUGAACCUAACGGACUUCUCCAUGGUAGACGGUGUCUGGCAAGCCCAGAGCCAUCCCCGCACCCGGUUACUCAGCGGAGACAGGUGGAGCCGACUGAAGGCCUCCAGCUGUGAAAGCAUUCCAGAGGAGGACUCCAGCGCCAGGGCUUAUGUAAAUAGCCUGGGUUUCAUGAGUACCCUAAGUCAGCCAGUGAGCAGGGCCAGCUCUGUCUCCAAGCAGUCCAGCUGUGAGAGCAUCACUGAGGAGUUUUCCAGGUUCAUGGUGAACCAGAUGGAAAAUGAAGGAAGAGGGUUUGAGUUACUGCUGGAUUACUAUGCGGGCAAGAAUGCCACCAGCAUCCUGAACUCAGCCAUGCACCAGGCCUGCCAUAAAAAUGACCACCUCAGUGUGAGGCCGAGCUGUCCCUCGAAGCAGUCCAGCACCGAGAGCAUAACCGAGGAGUUUUAUAGGUACAUGCUGAGGGACAUUGAAAGAGAGAGCAGGGACAGCGCCUCCUCCAGACGAAGCAGCCAGGAUUGGACAGUUGGCUUACUGUCACCCUCUCUGCGAUCCCCAUUGUGUUACAGACAGUCAUCUGUGCCCGAUAGCCGAUCCCUGGGUGCCAGGCUGACGGUGAACCCACCCAUCAAAGCCAACUCUUUAGAUGGCUUCGCUCAAAACAGCCAGCAAGAUUUCCUAAGUGUACAUCCAGUCAGUAGCACUUCCUCCUCGGGUCUCUGCAAAUCUGACUCUUGCUUGUAUCGCAGAGGCGGAACUGACCAGAUCACCAACAUGUUAAUUCAUGAGACCUGGGCAAACUCCAUCAAGGCCCUCAUGCAGAAGAACAAAAUUCUAGUGGACGAUGCCGAGGCAGCCGAUGCUGAGCCCGUUUCUGGUGGCUCUCCCAUGCAAGUGGAGAAAUGUGCAAACAGAUCGGCUUUGAGCAGAGUGCAAGGUGGGCCAGUUCUUCUUGUUCAGGAGUCUGCUGAUACCCCCAGGAAAAACUCCAUUACCGACAGCAAACAUCCCCCAGUAUCAUCUAAGAGCAAAGCUGCUCCUCUUACAAACCACAACAGUUUAGAUUCUAAGAAAGAAUCUUCUUCGUGCCAUGGACCUGUGCCUGUCAGCCACACCAAGCGGUCACUUUGCUCAAGGGAAGUGCCUUUAAUUCAGAUUGAAACAGAUCAGAGAGAAGAGUGUGUUGGAGAACCUGAACAUUCCCCUUCCAAAAGCAGCCCCCUGGAGGAAGCAGAGGAGCAUUUGAAAGAUGAAAAAGUCCCAGAGGUGGCGAGGGGUGGAGACACUGCUGAGAGUACCUGCCAAAGUCCUAGUGACAAUCUUGAUGCCAGCGAUGUACCAGGGGCUGAAGUCUCGGCGGAAGGCAGAGCCCCCGAUGAGUUCCACAACCUUUCCGGCAGCAGUGGGGAGAGCACAGACAGCUGGUCCCAGCUCGCCAAUGAGGAGGACAAUCCAGAUGACACAAGUAGUUUUCUGCAGCUCAGUGAGCGAUCCAUGAGCAAUGGCAACAGUAGUGCCACUAGCAGUCUUGGCACUAUGGACCUGGACAUUUAUCAGGAAAGCAUGCCAUCUUCUCCCAUGAUUAAUGAGUUGGUGGAAGAAAAGGAGAUUCUUAAAGGACAGUCAGAAAACGUAGAGGAAGGUGCCUCUGGAGCGCCAAUGGGAGUAGCCAGCUCCCAGGGGAGCCUGCUGGUGAUCAACUUUGACCUGGAGCCAGAAUGUCCUGAUGCUGAGCUUCGAGCCACUCUGCAGUGGAUAGCAGCCUCUGAACUUGGGAUCCCCACCAUCUACUUUAAGAAAUCUCAGGAAAACAGAAUCGAAAAGUUUCUAGAUGUUGUGCGACUGGUUCAGCAGAAGUCCUGGAAAGUGGGAGAUAUCUUCCAUGCGGUUGUUCAGUACUGCAAAGUGCAUGAGGAGCAGAAGGAGGGAACCCCAAGUCUCUUUGACUGGCUCUUGGAACUGGGAUAAGGCAGCCAUGUCCUUAGAGUAUUCCUUUCCUUUAUUCCAGCUUAGAUUACAGUGGUUUGUUCUAAAUACUCUCAACUUUCUCAAACAUCCCAUCACAUUAGCAGAGCUAUAAAAAAUCUGCCGUUUCAAGUCUACUGCACAUGGAAUAAAUCUGAGGAAAAGCAAAAAUAGGUCUGUACAAAUCCAUACAACCUAUGAAUGAGUUCAAAAGAGCUUGUAUUAGAAUGGCUGGAAAAAGAGAAAUUUUAAUGGGCCCUAAACUAAAAGCUUACAACUAGGCUCAAAAUUCAGGAAAGCUGCUCUUAAAUAUUUUUAAUAAUACAAGAUGUUAUGUAAUGUCUCCAAUUAUGUGCAACUAGAAGCAAAGUCACUAGUCAAAAUAAUUUUGUAAACUAUGAUGUAACCAUUAUUUUACUCUUUUGAGCUGAUGAAGGGGCUGUCAGCCCAGGUCAAUACUUAAGAUAUGGGCGAGAAGUUUCCAGAAUUUUGAUACAAAGGAUUUUCACCAUCAGACCAAUAUCAGUGGAUAUUAACAGAAGUACAAGAGUAUUAUUGUUGUUGUCUACUGAGGUGAUUUCAUUUAUUCACUGUAACUCACUGAUAAAUACUCCACAGCUCCCCAACAGUAUCUGUGUUCCCAGCCAGCAAGAAAACUGUUGUUUUUCAGUUGAUGGUGUAAAAGACUGAAGAUUGUCUUGUUUCCAUCUCUGUAUUACUUGGGUAACAUGCUCACAGACUUCUGACCAUGAGAAAAAACUUUCUUACGAAAAAAAAAGUCUUUUGAGAUAAAAUCUGCUUGUGUAUUAAAUUAUAUAAAAUAUAAACUUUCAUUUUAUUUUUAUUGUAAAUUAUGAAGAGAUUAUUAUCUUAAAUAAUAUAUUGAGUUAUCUUAGAGGUUCAUAACACAUGAGGGGAUUGUUGUCUUAAGUUAUACCUUGACACUUGAGCUCAGUGCUUUUAUUAUAAAUGGGUUGGCACUGGGAUGACAAACCUGCUCCCUGGGUGACAUUUAUAAUGAUGGAUGCAGGAUUUGACAUAACCCACUAGGAUCAUACACUCUUCCUGAUUCAAAGAUAUUGGCAUUUAAUUUGGGAAGAAUAAAACCUUAUCACACUUAAGUAUUUUAAUAACAGAGAUUUACUCUUCUGAAAAAAAUAGAAGUAUCUAACUGCUCUCCCUUAAACUAAGUGAGGUACGCUUGGCUUUUAUUUUCUUGACCAAAGAAGGAGUUUAUUAAAGAUUUCCUGAAAUACCAUGCUUUUACUCUAUUUUUAAAAACUGCAAAGUAAUUUUAAAUGUGAACAAGGCCCCAUGCCAUCAAUGUUGGCCUUAUGUGUCAUCCACAUCUUGAAAUGUCAAGAAAGCUUCUUUGUAAGCCAUACCUCCCUCUUCACCACACACCAAGGAAUCCUCCCAGUACUCAUUAGACAUUUAUUAUAUUAAUAGUCCAAAUUUAGGAUCUAUGUUUAAUUUGUCACAUUAACUAAGUGUCAAAUUUUGAAAUGUAUCCAUUAUCUCAAACUGAAAGUUCUUUGUGCUACUAAAUGGAAAAGGAUAUAUUUAUUUUUUAAACAAUCCCAGAAUAUUGUGUGUAGACUCUUGUUGUGCUCGAAUGAAUGUUUACCUAUCCUACAAAGCACAAAAACUGAAUUGUAACCCUGUGAUAAAGUUAUACGUGUUGUACCUACUGUUGCAAACUAAUCAAUCAAUAAAUUUUUGUU